AUGCCCAGUACUGGCGGCGUUUCCAUGUCCAAGAAAAAAUGGGCAGAACAAGCAAGCUUGCCUCCGACCUCUACCCAAAUAAGAAUGGAUGUUUGUCUCGGAGAGGAAGACCAGGAAGGACACUACUCUUUUUCGCCAGGUUCCCUAUUAGAGCCUGCUCUCGAUGGAACACUCCAGCAACAGCACGAGCCUGCUAUUGAUGGAUUGAGCUCUGACGAUCGUGGCAACAACAAUACAAAGGAAGUCAACAUGCAAGUUAGGAGGUCCUUGCAGAACUUCUGGAAUGGCGUUCACGAGCUGACCUGCGCAACGAUGCGCAUGUUGUCCAUUGAAUGCUGCAGCAUUGACGCGCUGCCUGUCAACGACCAUGACGCAGAUGUAGGAGAAGAGAGAGUCAGGGCACAGAGGAGGACGAUGAACGAUGCGAAGUUUUACUCAAAAUAUGUGUGGACGGUGAUUGACCUUGCACACACACUGCAGCUCGAGGCGCAGAAGGUGACCAUGGAUUGUUUGGCAUGGAAUGAAGGCGACUUUAAAGAGAAGCAGAAAUAUAUGGCAGAUCGGAUGCGCACCAUCCAGGGCAUGACUAUUCGAAUAAUGAAUCUAGGGUCGGAGAUUCUCAACGGCGGCAAAAGUGGAGCAACUACUAUCGAGAACGACCAUGAUUUCAAUGUCGCAAUCUCAGCAUUGAUGAGGAAGGGAGGGGACACCUGUGCACAUCACUUUCAUACCGAAGCAGCUGAUCAAGAUCGAGACGAGGAACUUGCCUAUGGUACCAAAGUGUUGGCCGCGCAUAUGAGGCUUGCACGGGAACUAGACCAACAACCAGAUUUGUGUGACGUAUACUUUGUUGAGCUUCUCACCCUCUUCGGAGAAAAAGGCGUUGCUAUCCAGAAUGUGGUGACAUCAGAACGAUAUGUCAAGGAGAGGGGCGUGAUGACGUGGCUCGUACCUGUUUUGGCGGAAAUCGCAACGAAGACCUCAACUCUGGUGCUCGAGAAUGUUCAUGAUGCGGCGAGUGAAAUCGAGUACAGAACUGUCAUCCGACAUGAAUUUGUGCAUUCUGUAACGUUCUCGUUGAUGGUGCAGGACGUCAAGAGUAUGCGAUCUGUCUCCUUUCUCCCAUCUUCUUUGGCGUCAUACUUCACGGAUGACAGCCUGAAUCGAAAGAGUUAUCUUGUUUACAGCACGGUGUACGAUUUCCACUCUGAGUGCACUGGCAUCACGCUGCAGCUCACGGACGACUACAAAUCAACUUUCAAGGGGAAGUUUCCUUUUUGCGACUUGCGGCUCGUAACAUUUGUGCCGACAGAUCCUGUAUGCUUCUUCGGUUCAUGUCGUUCCUACUUCAAAUGCUCAACUUCGUCUCUAAUCUCCAAUUUUCGUUGUCCUAAGUGUCUCGAUGGAACCGGCUUUGCACUGCAGACCCUUUUCUUAUGA